CUAAAAUUCUUUGUCGUCUGGUAGGUUCCGGAAUCAGUUCGGCAUAGAGUUUGUGUACUGCUGCCUAGUCUAAUUUGUUCUUUCACAAAUAAGUUAAGCUUUGAUACUAACAUCGAGGUUAAAAUGCAGCAAGUCCUGCUUGUUUACGACUUCUUAGAUGCUGCAAUUGUUCAAAUCUCCAUUAUCUUAUCCUAGCUCCCUGAAACUUAAUAAUUAUUGUUCAUGAUUUUUCAUGUUUUGUCUAAAGUCAUUGUACAAUUUGACUAAUUAUUUAAACAUAUGUAAGAAUGAUCGAUUAGGCUAGAACCCUGAACGUACUAUGAAACUGCCUAUUUACUAAUUAAUAUUGUGAUUUGCUGAUUUAUGUACCUCAACGUGUAAAUCAUCCAACUUGUUAUGAUCCACGUUCCAACAAGGAUGUUUGUAAGUGUUCGAAUGAAGUCGCUCUGGCAUCUUUAUACAUGUAGUUCUGUUGUGGGAAACAACCUUGAGCCGUGGUCCCGGGGCCGAUGUGGCUUAGUUCGGGUCCGGAUGAUGGGGAUCUUCCCAGGACGGCCCUUGAGACCGCUAAGGUGGCCGACUGCUGUGGUCCGAUCGGUGCGCGGUCGCCUUUUCCUCCGGGGGGAACUCCUCGCCUGGACGUUUAGUGGGAGGCCUCUGUCUUCGCACCUGCACACAGGUCGGGUCGGGAGAGCUCGGCCCGACCCCUCCGACGAUCAAGUCAGUUGGUAGUCACAGAGGGUUUUUCUCUUUGUUUUUCCUCCUCCUCUUUUUCCUUGGAGCACGAGGGUUUUUAUAGUGAAAGUUACUGUUCCCUGAAGUUCCUGCCUGCAGGGAGCAGGAUCGUACUUCUGGUAGCAUCUGACAUCGACGUUGGCAUGGCGUGAGGGAUCGAGCCUGAGCAGGAUGUUAAUGUGCCUCGGUCGGUGUUCCGGUCCGAGUUGACCAGGUGCUGUCGUGAGGUGUCAUCUGGGGCAGCUGACGUCACCCGAGUCUUAUCGCCAUUAUUACCCUCAUCAAGUUCUUGGUUCUUUUAGCCUAGAACAAACUGUGAUCUGAAUGAUAUAGUAGACUGUUUAUGCAUGCUACUUCAACCAUGCAUAAGAUCAGUAAUGCUCUGUGCCAGACCUUCCAAAGUAUCGGUUUUGAACAUUCACAAUCUAAUACCCCUUUCCAGAUGCCAAAAACAAAAGACGAACAAGCACAAGGCAAGAUAUAUCAGAAUGGAUCCAAUACAGUAACAGCAUGGACGGAAUUGUCAAAUAUAGUGGCAUAGACAAGAGAAGAAUAUUUGAUAUAAGAGGCAAUCAUGACAAAUAUGGAGUUCCAUAUGUUGGUCAUGAAUUGGAUUUUUUCUCAACUUACAGUGUUAGUUCGCAGCUAAGAAGGCAGAGUACUGUUCAGAGUAUCUCUCUUGUGGGUGAUGAUAGAAAGUACAUCUUCAUUGGUAUAGAUGACACACUUAGCAUCGGAAUUCGUGGUCCAUCAAAUUUAUUUGGUCAUCCAACUGAGAAGAGAAUGGCUGUUGUGGAGUCUGAACUGCAAUAUUGGGAUGUUUAUCCCAGUGAUUCAGUAACAAAAAUAUUAUUUGGGCACUUUCCAAUGUCUUUUACAGCUUCAUCUGAAAAAGGACAGCGUUAUGAAAGUUUAUUUGCAAGGCAAUCAGUUUCCUCGUACAUUUGUGGUCACCUGCAUGGAAAUUUCAGCAGACAACUUUGGAGACUCCAUCCGUCAAAAUUGUCAUCUGAUGUUUUAGUUCCAAGAAAGGCUAAAGGCUUUUGGGAAUGGGAACUAGGAGAUUGGAAAGAGUCCAGAUUGAUCAGAAUUUUGUCCGUUGAUGGAGGGGUGGUCUCUUUCCAUGAUAUCGAGCUUCUGAGAAAACAUGAUGUCCGGGAUGAAUUCCAAACAACUAUUGUCAUAACAUAUCCUGCUGACUCGAGAAACAUGAACAAUAUGGAGCAAAAUAAUCAGUCUUUUAGGAAUGAUAUCAAUGCUCUUGUCUUUUCUACUCAGCAAAUAAUUAAUGUGACUGCUAAGGUUUUUGACGCAUUCAGGGAGUACAAAAUAAUGGAAGAAGUGCCGCUGCAGCUUAUUAGUGCAGUUGACAAGCCCCUCUUUCAUGGAAAAUGGAACGCUGAAAGUUAUCGGAGCGCAUCAGCAACACGUUACCUUUUGCAGGUGUCUGUGGUGGACUCUCAGGGCAAGGAGACUAAAAGCAAUCUCCGACCAUUUUCUGUCGAAGGUAAACUGGCACAUUAUGCAAGUACUUGGCUGGCUUAUUUGGUUUUCCAAGUUGAGUGGCAGAGUCUAUAUAUGGUUCUUUUGUGGAGCAACUUCUCCUUUCUUGUUGUAUUUUUGUGCCUUCCAAAAGUACUAAAUUAUCUUAUGGAGAGAAAUGCAUCAUAUCAGAAGUGGGCUACGUCUCACGUCAUUUCCUCGCCUAUCAAGCGGAGGAAGAGCCUAUUUGUGUUAUUUUGGUUCUUGAUGGAGGGUUCAAGGAAUAGAAUUUUGUGGUUUUCCAUGGUGAUGUAUCUUCUUUGCCUGCUCAAGUUACCAUGGUUCUGGGGUUAUGCAACAUCCGAGAAUGAGAACAUUUCUGCUAUGUAUUUGUCUGGCUGGAUGGUGCAGUCUCCGGAUAGUCAUGCAAUUUUAGACAAGCUGGGCAACCCUGAUCUGAUGGUUAUCACAUUGCCUUUCAUGUAUUUGGUGGUCACACCUAUGUUUAUUCUCAUUUAUAGUCUCUUUGCAGAAAGAUCAUCAUUUUAUUUACAGUUCUGUAGGAAACUGAGGCACCAGAAUGGGCCAGUGGCUUCUAAUAUUGAAUUAGAACAGGUGACUCAAUUUGUUCCACCGAAUUUGACGAGGGGCAUAAGUACAUCUUCAACAUGCAAGUUUUGUCAGGGUUGGACCAGAGGGUCUCUUCUGUCGGGGAGUUUAAUCAUUACUCUUGUUCAUUUCAAGAUAUGUUUGGCCCUCAUGCUUGCUUAUGGAGUAGGACCUGUUUCCUUGUCACCUGCCUUGUCAUGGGCACCACCUGUAUUUUUGGUGGCAACCAUAUAUUCUACGAGUGCCAACAUGAAUACCGAACAAGAGAUGAGAACCAAGAAGGGAUGAGUCUACAUGUAAAUAAAUAAAUUGGAUUGUAAAUCAUUCUAUGAUUUACAUCUCGGCCUUGAAUAGCUUUGGUGAGUGCAUCACAGGACAGCCCGAUUGGUUCCACUUGUGGAAGACAUGAUAUUGUACAAGACAUUGUCCGUUUGAUACUUGGUGCAAUGCUAAGACUUCGCUUAAGGCUA